AUGGCUGAAACACCACAGAAAGUUAACGAACAGGAAACAGUUUCCACUGAAAAGAAGGAGAUCAAGUCUGCUCUCAAAGGAAGUAAAUCAUCAAUUUCCACCACGAAUUCCUCCACCAGCUCAUCUCGCAUUCAAUUUAGAAUAUUUGUAGGAUCCUAUGAACAUAACUUACUAUGCCUUUCAGUGAUCCUAGAUCCCUCUAAUGUUAAAGAGCCAGUGUUUCAACCAAUCUUCCAUUUCCAAGCACAUGCAUUGUCAAUCAAGUCCAUGGAUCUUGCCAAAAGGUACUUGGUCACCGGAUCAAACGAUGAGCAUAUUAGAAUCUAUGACUUGCAAAAGAGAAAAGAACUUGGUACAUUGUUGAGUCAUCAAGGUACAAUCACUGCAUUAAAAUUUUCAAAAGAAGCUACUGAAGAUUCAGAAAAUGCAGCUUCCGGUAGAUGGCUUAUAUCGGGAUCAGAAGAUGGGAAAAUCAUUAUAUGGAGAACCAAGGAUUGGGAGAUAUUUGCUACAUUAAAAGGUCACACUGACAAAAUCAAUGAUUUAAGUAUACACCCUAGUGGUCGUGUUGCUAUUAGUGUAUCACAAGACAAGACGAUAAGAUUAUGGAACUUAAUGACAGCCAAAAAGGCAGCUGUGUUGAAGAUUAAAGGUAAGGAUCAUUUAGGUCAACUGGGAGAAUUUGUUAAGUGGAGUCAUAAUGGGAACCACUUUGUUGUUGGAUUGCAUAAUCAAGUUCUUUUAUAUAGAACAUCUUCUGCUAAGAUUGCCAAAAAAUUCAAAUUUAAAUCCACAUUGAUGUGUAUUGAUUUAUUGAAGGUUGUUGAUAAAGAAUGGUUGGUUAUUGGCUUUGGGGAUGGAUCAAUUGGAUUCUAUGAUUUUGAAACCUUGUUGGAUAACAUUGGUGAAGAUGCAGAAGAACACGAAAAGAAAGUGUUGGACAACAAAGCAGAAGAUAUUGAACCAGUUUUCUCACUUAGAGGACAUACUAAUCGUAUAAAGGGUAUCACCUUUAUGCAAAAUAAAGACACGCAAAAUAUCCCAUUGUUGAUAUCAGUAUCAUCCGAUGGUAAAAUCGUCGUUUGGAAUUUAAGUAUAAAAGAUCAAGUGGCAGUUUACGACACUGGAGAAAGGUUGAAUUGUGUUGUUUGUGCUCCUGAAAGUGUUGAAAAAGUGGAUACAAUGAAAAGAAGAUUUGCUUCAUUAGAUGAGUUAAAAGGAGAGGAACAACUUGAUGCCAGUGAGUCGGAAUAUGAAACUGAUGGCGAAGAGAUAAAAUCUAUAAUGAAAGGGCCAAAUAAAAAGAGUCAGAAAAAGAACAAGAACAGAAACAACAACAACAACAACAACAAGAAGAAGAACAAAAAAAGAAAAGUCAAUGUUACUCUUGAGUAA